CUUAUCAGUGUGCCGGCAGGACUCCUUCGGCGAACGGCGAUCGUUCGGCAUGGCGGCCAGUCGGCGAGGUGUCGAGGCGAGGGACUAGGGACGCAGUCUCCGCACUGGAAGCGCUGGAAUUCCUGGAAUCUGCGGCGGCGACGACGCGGCAGCGACCCGUGGCGUCAUGGAGAAGACAGGCGACGACGGCGUGCUGCUGGCGCGGCGCUCCUCCACGUCCCCCAAGCCCUCCAGGCACCCCUCCAGCGAGCGGCGCACCAUGACCAAGAGCGGUGAUGCCCAGGUCGCCCCGCUCAACGUGCCGAACAAGCACAAGCGCUUCUUGCAGGACUUUUUCAACACCCUGGUGGAGUGUCGCUGGAGAUACACCCUGCUUGUUUUCCUGCUGUCUCAUUUUGCCAGUUGGUUCAUUUUUGCCGUGAUUUGGUAUUGCAUGGCUCUCGCACACGGUGACUUCGAGGAUCGGCUUCCUGGGGAACAGCCGUGCAUUAUCAACACGAUGGACGUGACGAGUGGUCUGACCUUCACCGGCUCCUUCAUCUUCUCCAUGGAGUCCCAGACCACUAUCGGCUACGGCACGGCCUACCCGUCCAAGGACUGCCCCCAGGCCGUCGUGGUGCUGUGCUUCCAGAGCGUCUGCGGCAUGAUCAUCGAGGCCUUCUCCGUGGGGAUCGUGUUCGCCAAGAUGACGCGGCCGCACCUGCGCACGCAGACGCUGCUCUUCAGCCGCAGGGCCGUGGUGGCCGUGCGGGACGGCUGCCUCACGCUCAUGUUCCGCGUCGGCGACAUCCGCAAGUCGCAGCUCGUCAGCACCAAGCUGUGGGUCGUCAUCAGCGGCGUCAGCGACCCGGACGAGCCGGAGAUGGACCAGACCGAGCUGGCGGUCACCUUCAACGGCAGCGCCAACAACCUCAACACCAGCUGGCCCACCACCGUGAUGCACAGAAUCAACGACAAGAGUCCGCUGUAUAAAAUGGACCCCAGGGACCUCCUGGAGGACACGUUCGAGAUCCUGGUGUUCCUGGAGGGCACCAUCCAGUCCACGGGCCAGACGACGCAGGCCCGCACGUCAUACACCCCGUCCGAGAUCAUGUGGGGCCAUAAACUGUACCCCAUGUUACGGUACAGCAAAAAGCUGAGGAGGUACGAAGCAGACUUCAAUCGGUUCCACGAGACCAUUGAGGUGGAGACCCCCCUGUGUUCUUCAUACAAUUUGAAUCGAGUUCGGCGCCUGUCGGAACUGAGCGUGCUUCACCCAAUCAGCGAGAGCCGCGAGGAGACGGCAGUGGAAAUAGAGUCGUAGUAUCUUUUUUAUACUGGUUUUAAUAAAGUUUGUACGAGAAAA